AUCACCAUGAAGCCACUGAUGAAAGCUUCAAACAUCCUCCAGUCAGAAUCCAGUGUUUACAUGGGAUGGCUGCUGCCAGUAAUCCACCAGCUUCUAUCCAAACUCAACAGGCUAGAGACAUCAAGCAAGACCUGCACACCACUCAUCAGAGCCCUGCAAAAUGGCCUGCAUAAGCGUUUUGGACAGAUGAUGGAGGAUCCAGAAUUGGCUGCUGCUGCAGUCCUCUUACCCAAGUUCAAGACCUCCUGGACUGACAGAGCAGAUGUUAUUGAAGCUGCCUUGACAUACUUGAAACAACAUCUUGAAACUUCAGAGAAUGAGGGUGAACUUCAAAGAGAGUCAUCUGAUGAUGACGAUUUCUUCUCCAGACCACUCUCCAAAAGGUCGCAAAGUCCAUUUGAGCUUGAUGGUUACCUUGCAUGUGCCUCGGACAGCAUAGACCUGCUUCACUCCUUCCCAGCCAUCAAGAAGCUGUCUCUGAAGUUAAACACAGCUCUGCCUGCCUCUGCUGCAUGUGAACGGCUUUUUAGCUGUGCUGGUCUACUUUUCACAUCCAAACGAAGCCGGAUAGACUCUGUGAACUUUGAAAAUCAGCUUCUGCUGAAACUGAACAAAAGGUUAGAAAGUGAAAUGUUCCAGAGUUUAAGGCCUUUGCCCAGUUGUUGGUUUGCACUGAGAAGUUUAUAUUGUUUAUACAUGUUUAAAAAUCAUUUAACAUUCUUUAAACAGACAAAAUUCCUGUAAAACACAAAUUGCCUGUUUUUAAUCCAUUCAUAUGUCUGAUUUCAUUCAAUGGAUUUGAUGU